AUGCCGUCCGGAGUAGUGAACCGUCCCGUUGACGUGAAGUUGAGGGAUCAGCGUUCAAGAAUGGCAAACUUCCAUCGCGCGCUUCGUUCGAAAGCCCUUUCAUCCCCAUCAAACGAGCUGUCCGAGGAAGGACGGGCCCUCGUGGAAGACCUCCGGGACGUCAUCGAAAACGCGAAGAGGCUACUCCUCAGCAAGAACGAGGGCCAGCUGCUUCAGGAAUUUAUCUGGGAGGCUGAGUCCGUAAACUCGGUUGACGUUCAGGGAAAGCCUGAAGUUGGCUUGACGAAGGACUCCGCCCAGCAAGACGGCAAACAGGCUCUUGAGGGCCUCAAGACUCUGGGAACGCUGUUGAUAACCAACGGCGAAUUUCGCAAGAUCCUGAACGAUGCUUGGAUCAUCGCGCGCGACAUUGCCGGCGACGGGGCCCAGAAGGCAGCCAGCAAGGUCCGGCCAUCCGAAGACGAGCUUUCUCAGGUCGAUCAGCCUGCCCCAGAGAACACCUGGCACGAAAAGCCCGAUUUCUCGAAGCACAAGGACCAGCUCACAUCGAAGUUCAAGAAAAACAAGGAUAAGGCCAAGAAAGAUGCCGGUGAUGUUGCCGACACUUCUGCGCAAGCAGGAACAGAUGGUCGGGUAGAAACCGCGUCAGACGUCGACGCCAAUGCUGCCGUGAAUGUAGGGACCCAACAAGCCAAAGAGAAGGUCUCCGGCGCCGUACCUGAAGAAACGAAAGGUCGUGCUCGCGAGGUGACCGAUCGCACGAAAGACUACCUCUCGAGAAAGAUGCCCAAGGAACGUCGGGAGCAGGUCACUUGGCGGCUUAAGAAGAUGGUGUUGGAGAUCCAGGGCCAUUCUGAUUACCAGCAAGCUAUCAAUACCCUCAUUGGUCUCGUUGAGAAGUAUGGUAGCACCGGCCGGCACGCUUCUCGGCAAGGUACGGGUGUUGUUCAGGAGGUCCGCAGCACUGGCAAAAUCCAGACGAUGGAGACCAACCUGCGUGUUCUGAUCGAACGUUUUGCGAACAGCACCUCUCUUGAUGGCUUGUUCGAUGCUCUUGAGACUAUCUACCGCGACGCGGAUAAGGACCCGGAACUGAAGGGCUGGUUCAAGAACUUGGACACCUUCAUUCGCAAAACGCUGCAAGAACAGGGAUAUGUCAUGCAGGACUCCUGGACCCGUGAAUGGAACCAGCUGUCGGACCACGGCCGCUACCUGCUCCGUGACCGGUAUAAGGACCACACGGACAACAUCCUGGAUGAGAUUCGCUUCAUUGGCAAGCAAUUCGCCGAGGACCCGCUCAACAAAGCCUUUGGCGAGUCCAUGGAGAAGCUUUUCAACGACCUGGGUCGCGACUCCAAUGGUAACGUCUCUUUCAAAAAGCAUCUCCUGCGCGACGUCAGGGACGUCAUCCUUCCCGCUACUUUUGAGAAUGUUCGCUAUGUUCCGGUUCCUCGCAUCGAAGUGUCUGACCCCGUCGCUGAUGUGAGGUCGAGUUUACUAACGAGUCAGGUUGUGGAAAACAUCGUAAUCGAGAGUGAUAAUCUCAUGCCAAAUGUCGUGGAGUUUGGCAGCGACAAUUACUUCCGCUGGGGCCGGAAGAAGAUCAAGAGCAAACGUGACAACAAGAUCAUGAUUGCCGUGUCUGGAAUCCAAGCGGAUCUCAGAGAUGUGAGCUACUAUGUCAACAAGAAGAAGGGAUUCCCUUCUUUGAAGGACACCGGUGUGAUGGAUAUCUUCUUGGGCGGCGAAGGCUUCGGUUUCAAGAUCGCCGCCUCCACUGCGCACAAGGAAGACCGCCAGAAUUUCAUCAAGCUGGACAAGGUGGCCGUGAAGAUCGACCACCUGGACAUCAAGCUGAAGAAGUCUAAGCACAAGGCACUAUUCACCGUGUUCAAGCCCUUGCUCUUCCGGGUCGUGCGACCAGUCUUGCAGGACGUGCUUGAGCAAAAGAUCCGCGAGUCCUUCGAGAAGGGCGACGCCUUUGCGUAUGAAAUCCACACCGAGGUCCAGCGCGCCAAAGAGGCCAGUCUCGAGGACCCGGCUGAGGCGCCCAACAUCUACACCCGCUACCUCGACACCCUGCGCCAGAAGAUGGCCGAGAACAAGAAGAAGGCCGCCGAGGUCGCCCAGCGCGAUACCAAGGUGCAGACCGCCACCACUCUGUACGAGUCGAUGUUCCCUGAGAUCCGUCUCCCCGGCGGCAUCUCCUCCAAGGCCACCGAGUACCGGGAGCUGGCCAAGCAGGGCGAGGGCUGGGAAUCUCCCGUCUUCAGCAUCGGAAAGGCGGAGGAGUCCAAGGACAUUCCUGCUCCAGGCACCAUCACCCGUAAAUCGCGGACCACCGGUCCCGCCGGAGUGACUGAUGGUGGAAUUGGCGCCACAGGCGGUCAAGUCACCAAUGGCCGUCCCGCUGUGAGCGGCGCUGGCGCAGUGACCAACGGUACCACGCAAAAGGUCACCAAUGGCGCCACCAACGGCACCACGCACGCUGGCGCAGCUUCGACCAACGGUCACACCAAGGCUGUGGAUGGAGCGGAUGGUCUGGCUCGCAACGGCAACUUGAAGCUCACCCCAGAGGGGCCCACCGUGCCUGGAACGGAGAAUGCCUUUAAUCCCCAGCACGCGUAA